GCCAAGCAGAACCGACUGGCCAGGGCCCGGUAUAUACAGACUUCCAGUCACUCUUCCAGCAGGCCUUACCACUACAGCUCUUCAACACACUCUUCACGCAGUGACCUCAUCGUCUCACUGUCAACAAGCGCAUGCCAAUCUACUGAUCUGCACAGGGAGUCUGGGCAAAAGCGCAAGGAGCUACUCAGCCCCCCUUUGCCACCACCCACUGGAACUGGAAGUCCUUCGGGCAGAUCAUCCACCUCCGACUCAAACAGGGAUCUACUGGCUGUUGUCCGGCCAGAGCUUAUGUCUCGGUACCUUCUACCUCGUGGUUUGCAAGAACACCAGGCGGUAGGAGUGGGCAAACGGUCAGAGGACCGGGUUAGAACAGCUCUUCUUCGUCUCAGUGGCUCGCUUGAGGUGACUGCAGCUACACAUCGACUGCGCCGCCAGCAUAGCGCUGAACUGACUACCUACGAUGCCUCUAAUGCCAUUACAGCCGAGCUGACCUGCUCGGAUGGCGUAUUCAGGAGCCCACAUACAGGCCCUAGUCGAGACGGUGACUUGAGUACAGGUCCAGGCAGCGGAAGCGAUGCCGGCGCUGGCCUGGCGCCGAUAUCAGAAUUGACAAUGUGUCCAAGAUCUGCUAUCGGACAAGUCAAAACUGAUGAACAGGACAAGAAAGUCUACAACGCUCAGGGCACUAAUAGAAUCAGUAAUCGAAGGGCGGAGCUAGACAGCUUCAGCCCCCAACAGAGUGUUGAGCAUCAUGAACAGGUCAAUAAUCACGAUCGAACCACCUGUCUGUGGGAUACACUAAGUCCCAGGGUAAUUGACACUUUCUCCAAAGUGAAAGUUGAUGAAUCUGCUGGCUCAUUUACUGGACCCGUCAGUUACCCUUCAGUUGUCACAGGCCUUCGUUCCUUAUUGCCUUUAACAACCAAUAAGCUAGCGACUCCUGUGAGUUCCGCAGAUGCAUCUCUUGCUACUAAAUCAGCUGAGUUCGAAAAUUCUAACGAGGAUGCCUCCCCCAUUCAGGCCUACUCAAAUGCAGCAAUUGGUUAUACAUGCUCAAAUAGAGAUUGCCAAUUGAAAAACAUAUCGCCAAUCUUCGACUCAGGAAAUAUAAGUGAUUUAACUUCCGGUCUUUUGCAGAAUAAACCCUUUGUCUUAGUCGCUACCAACCCGGUAUCAAGUACCAAGCUUCUCUCUUCCUCCAGCAACCAAAUUAGUAAAUCUACCCAGCAGUUAGAAACUGAUUCCAUGUCUGCCUUAUACCCCUUAACAUGCCUUGAAGCGAAUCCCAUAUACACGUCUGGUGAAUUUACAUGCACAGACUCUGGCCUUAAUCGAUCACCCAGUCCUGUUACGAAAAUGUCCCGAAUCGAAAGCCGCUUGGAUCUUGUCACCUCAGCAUCUGAACAGACUAACACCAUUUAUUCAACAGCCCAGAGCAUACAACUUACCACGGGACAUACCGAUGCACUUGCAGCUUCGUUCUCUGCCAAAGAGGUCACAGCUAGCAGAAGACCAAUCUUCAUGUUGGCUGAUUCGUCAGAUCAAAAUUUGUACAAAUUAUCUUCGUUAUCUUCUAAAUUAACUCCAGUUAUGCUAUCAACUCCUACUUUUCACGGGAGAAACGCCAAUCUGGAGAAUCUUUCUCUUGACUCUCUAACACAUGUUUGCACGGCCUCCUAUGGAAAAGAAUCUAAUGAUCCCAACCAUGAAACAACUAAGAGACGAGAGUCGAAGGAAGCUAUUCACAUAGAGUUAGGCCAUUUAAAUGACCGCAUUCAUAACAUGGAACACCAACUGGCUGGUGUCAUGCAAUGCCUAACCUGUUUAGUGUAUGAGAUUAAACAAUUGAAGCCCUGUUCUCAGGACAUCAGUCCAGCAACUAAAACGUAUAGCGAAUAUCAACAAACAGAUGUCUGUGAUCUCAAUGACAAAGCUGAAAACGUCUUUAACUCUGAUACACCUGAUUUUCAAGCUACCUAG